AUUUUUGAGAAAAUAUUUUGAAAAACACACGUUGCUUUUAAAUCAAGCAUGUGUUAAUUUAUGUCACUUAAAUCAACCAUGUGUUGAUCAAUAUCCAAGAAAUGUCACUGCUUACGGAUGCAUCACAAAAUUCUAUCGUUAUCUUCUUCUCCAUUUCCAUAGAUACCUUAUCCCACGUGAGCUUUUAAAUCAAGCAUGUGUUAAUUUAUGUCACGUAAAUUAAGAAUAUGUUAAUCAAAAGCCAAUGGAUUCAUCGCAAAAUUCUUCCUUGUUUCGCUAUCUUUCUUCUCCAUUUCUAUGGAUACAGUAUCCCAUAUGAUCCUUGUCAAGACCGGAUUCUAACUCUACUUUUUUCAACUUUACUUUUGUUUAUAGAGAAAUAAUUGGUUAUUUUUUUAUAUCAGUUUAAGGUUACAGCAUACUACGUACAUAGUCUAAUAUAGCAUUUAUCGGUUCUAAGAUUUCUAAUUUGAUUGUUACUAGAAACAUAAUAGCUUUUAUUUUAUUUGCCAUUUAGUAUGGUACCAUCAUGGAAGAAGAACAAACCAAGAAAAUUAAAAUAUAUUUUUAUGUUUGAGCUCCAAAACACUAUUUGAUUUCUUAAAAUAAUUGAGAAAUGAUUUUAAAAAAAUUUCUCAAAAUUUGUUUUUUGAGUACAUACUAUGUGCCUUUUUUUCUUUAGAAGCACAUAUUUCCAUCUUAUAUUCUACCUUUCACCUUGUAGACGUAAAUUUCAUUCUCAUUUCCGGUUGACUCAUCAUCUCAGAGUAAACGGAAAAUGAUUCUGACAAGCUCUGGAGUUGAAGUUGAACAUGAUCGGAAAAGGGAAUUAAAAGCUUUUGAUGAUUCAAAAAGUGGAGUGAAAGGGCUUGUAGAUGCUGGGAUAACCAAGAUCCCUCCUAUGUUCAUCCAUCCACAGUAUAAUCUCAAUGCGAAAUCAGGUUCGGCUGUCUCCCAGUUCAGGGUUCCCUUGGUAGACCUUGAUGGCAUUAAUGACAGUGCAACUCUGCGGGCUAAAAUCAUAGACCAAGUUCGAGAAGCUUGUGAAAACUGGGGAUUCUUUCAGGCAGUCAACCAUGGGAUUCCCGCAAGUGUUUUGGAGGAGAUGAUAGAUGGGAUUCGCGGAUUUCAUGAGCAAGACACUCAAGUGAAAAAGGAGUACUUCUACAAACGCGACUUCAAGGAAAAGGUGUCAUAUUUUUCCAAUUUUGAUUUAUGCCAGGCAACGGUGGCUACUUGGAAGGACUGCUUAUCUUGGGCUAUGGCUCCUAGUCCUCCAGACCCCACAGAAUUGCCCGCAGUGUGCAGAGAUAUAGUGAUGGAAUACUCGAAGCAAGUAAAGAGGUUGGGGUGUACUUUAUUUGAAUUACUGUCAGAGGCUCUGGGACUAGAUGUAAACCGUUUGAAAGACAUGGAAUGUGCUGAGAUGAUUUUUCCUGCGGGUCAUUACUAUCCACCGUGCCCUGAGCCAGAAUUGACUCUAGGUGCCCGCAGACAUACUGAUAGCCGCUUCCUCACAGUACUUUUACAAGACCAAGUGGGUGGUCUCCAAGUUCUUCAUCAGAAUCAGUGGAUCGAUGCGUCCCCCAUGCCUGGAGCACUAGUAAUCAACGUUGGAGAUUCUCUACAGGUUAUAACAAAUGACAGGUUUAAAAGCAUAGAACAUAGAGUGUUGGUAAACCGUGUAAGCCCAAGAGUGUCGGUGGCAAGUGCUUUUGGCACAAAUCUUUUCCCAUCCUCAAAGCUUUAUUCACCGAUUAAGGAGUCGUUGGUAACUCAAGAGAAUCCUCCAAAGUAUAAGGAAGCCACCUUGCAAGCCCAUGUUGCCUACUUGAGGGGCAAAAGAGUUUGAUGGCAUCACCUCUGCACUUCUGCAUUGCAAGCUCUAAAUUUGGCCAUGGAGAUGAAGAAGGUUUAUCAUAUCUUUGAAUGUUAUUUUGGCUCUUCGUCUCAUGCAGUAGUUGAUGAAAUAAGAUCUUUAAUUAGCAGCAUAUGUAGAAACUGGGUAUUGAAUCAUAUUUUUGGAAUAGAGAACCUUGAUGGAAUGAAUAUGAUAAUGAUAUCAUCA